UGUUUGGCACUCGGUAUAUGCAUUACAAUCUCAAGUUGAGCUUUUAAUUAGUUGGUAAAACUGUUUUUUCCUGCUUAAUUAACCAUGUCCUCCCUGCCAAAUAACUCUAAAGCCCAGGUUCCUUGGUCGACGGGACUAUGCGACUGCUUCUCGGAUAGGCGAACCUGUCUCAUGUCCUGUUGCUGCCCAUGCGUUAUUUUUGGAAGAAUUACAGAGAUUGUUAAUAAAGGAAAAAUAUCCAAUGCGACGAGUGGGGUGUUGUACGUAGCUCUUUCAUGUCUUGUUGGCCCAUGCCUAUAUUCAGCUCCAAUUCGUUCAAAAUUGCGAAAUGAAUAUAAUGUGAAGGGAACCAGAGGCCAGGACUGCUUGGUUCACUGCUUCUGUGAGCCUUGUGCCUUGACUCAAGAAUACCGAGAGCUACAGAGCCGUGGUUUCGACAUGAAAUUAGGAUGGGAAGAAAAUAUGGAGAAGCAGAAUCGACCAGUAGCUACCGCUCCUGUGGUGGAAAUUGGCAUGAAAAGAUAGUUAUAUAAGAGAAUCUGCAUAUGUUUGUUGGGUGAUUUCUGUGUUGAGAUUAUUUUUGUUAUAUAUGUGAUUUUGUUAUAAUGUUUGUAGAGUGAUUACUUUUGUUAUGGGGUGAUUUAUUUGGAAUAAUGUUGAGGAUGAUGAUCCAUUUUGACAUCUGUUGUACUUUUUCUCAUUCUAAUUAAUGUGAAGCUUUGAUUAA